AAACUUUAGAAACUAUUAUUUUAUUUUUAUUUUUAUUUAUCUUCUAACAUAAUCAAUAUCAACCAAUCAAGAAAAAACACUUUCUAUCAUCAUCUUCAACCCAAAACAUCUUCCAAAAACUAAAACAAUUGAGAGAGCAUUUUAUGUAGCAAAAGUUUCAGUUUCACAAUUGUUGCUCAUUCUUAUGGUAGUUUUGUGGAACUGUUUUUAUCACUCAUACUCAAAUGUUGGGUGGUGCACUCUCAACUCCAACAACUCAACGCCUCAAGUCAACAACAACAACAAUUACAAUGCUUUAUUCAUCUCAUAGAUUGUCCACACAAUUUUGUCUCUUUAAGAAUCUUAUAGCAGGUAAUAGAAGAUUUUCCUCUAAUGAAAGUUGUUUUCUCAGAGGUCACCAAAUUAAUAUCAAGCAUGUUUUUGGGCUUAUCUCUCGUCAAGCACCAAGAAACAAAGCAGGAUUUGUUGUUUCUCCAAGAUGUGGUCUACCACUGACAGAAGAGAAUGUGGAGAGGGUUUUGGAUGAGGUAAGGCCUGGCUUGAUGGCUGAUGGAGGGAAUGUGGCCUUACAUGAGAUAGAUGGUCUUGUUGUUAUCCUCAAACUACAAGGAGCAUGUGGAUCAUGUCCUAGCUCAACCAUGACAUUAAAGAUGGGGAUCGAAACUCGCCUUCGCGAUAAGAUUCCGGAAAUCAUCGAAGUUGAGCAAAUACUAGAUACCGAGACUGGUCUUGAGUUAACCGAAGAGAAUGUUGAAAGUAUUCUUUCGGAAAUUAGACCGUAUCUUGUUGGCACUGGAGGAGGAACAUUAGAGCUUGUUGAGAUCAGUGAUUAUACCGUUAAAGUUCGGUUAAGUGGACCGGCUGCAGGAGUCAUGACGGUUCGCGUUGCCUUGACGCAGAAGCUGCGAGACAAGAUACCUUCUAUUGCUGCUGUGCAGCUGAUAGAAUGAUGUAACAUAUUAGUUUGUGUAUGUUUUGAUAAAUCAAUACAAAGAUGUAAACUUGUCUUGAGAAAAGAAAUUCAGUGUCAUAUAGUUAUACAUA